GCCUAGAAACUGACGUAUUGAGAAUAUGGAGAAUAUGCUCAGUGCCAGCAACCAGCGCUGGAGGGGGACAUGAACCUUUAAAACAUCUCGAGCCCUCUCAAACUGCCUUACAGGCGGUGCUCUUUCAGACCGGGUUUACUUCCUCCAGGCUCCCUCGCUUCUCUCUUCCUUAACUCAUUGUUGGAUUACUUUUCUAGAUCAGUAAACAUGGCAACGCUGAGAGCUCUGAGAAAAUUCUGCCAGCAAUCUAAGCAUCAAGUGUGCAGUCUACAUAUGUCCGCAUCAAGACAGGAAGCUGUGGUCAUCUCAGGCAGGAAGUUGGCCCGUCAGAUCCGGGAGGAGGCCAGGACCGAUGUGGAACAGUGGGUCUCCACUGGCAACAGGAGACCCCACCUGAGCGUGGUCCUUGUAGGAGAUAAUGUAGCCAGUCACUCCUACGUCCUGAAUAAGACCCGGGCUGCAGCUGAUGUUGGUAUUAGCAGUGAGACCAUCCUGAAGCCCUCCUGUAUCUCUGAGGAUGAACUCAUGGACCUGAUCUACAAACUCAACACAGACCACCGGGUGGAUGGCCUGCUGGUGCAGCUGCCUCUGCCAGAACACAUUGACGAGCGGCGCAUCUGUAAUGCUGUGUCCCCCGACAAGGAUGUGGACGGCUUCCAUGUGGUCAAUGUGGGCCGCAUGUGCCUGGACCAGUCCACCAUGCUGCCCGCCACUCCCUGGGGAGUCUGGGAAAUCAUCAAACGCACAGGAAUUCCUACCCUUGGAAAGAAUGUUGUGGUAGCGGGACGCUCCAAGAAUGUGGGCAUGCCCAUUGCCAUGUUGCUGCACUCGGAUGGACGCCAUGAGAGGCCAGGGGGCGAUGCCACGGUCACUAUCUCUCACCGUUACACACCAAAGGAACAGCUCCGUCAGCACACAAGAAUUGCAGACAUCGUUGUUGCUGCUGCAGGGAUUCCAAACCUCAUCACCGCAGACAUGAUCAAAGAAGGAGCAGUCGUUAUUGAUGUUGGAAUAAACAGAGUGCUUGACCAUGUGACUGGCAAGGACAGACUUGUAGGGGACGUGGAUUUUGAAGGUGUGAGACAAAAGGCUAGCUUCAUUACCCCAGUGCCUGGAGGAGUAGGGCCCAUGACAGUGGCCAUGCUUAUGAAGAACACAAUCAAGGCAGCUAAGAACCUCCUGCUGACUCCUGCUGAGAGGAUCCGCAUGGUAGCCUCUUCAUAACAGGACAUACCUGACUUCAUCAAGUGACACAUUCCAUCCCACCAUCCCUUCCCUUUUUACUCUGAGCAACUCGACGAACUCAACUGCACACAGACACCGAUCGAAACAUGAUUGCUUUAGGAUUCUGAACUUGCUGGCACCUUCCACUUUCAUAAUCUCCACCCGCCAUUUCAGACUAAUACAACUCAGCCAUUCAGCUACUAUAUAUGCCUUGCAAAAGUAUUCAUCCCCCUUGGCGUUUUUCCUAUUUUGUUGAAUUACAACCUGUAAUUUAAAUUGAUUUGUAUUUGGACAUACACAAAAUAGUCCAAAUAUGGUCAAAUGAAAUUUU